AUGAGCAAAUCCUCGCAAUCGCAGCCGAGCCAGAGUGGUGCCACAACGUUGGAUGCCGUCGGGAAAUCUCCCGACUUCCCCGAUAUCGUCGACUAUGAAUGGGGCCAGUCGGAAGGGCGCAUCCUGUACCAGUGUGUGCUUUACAUGGUCAUGUCAACAUUCAGCGUGAUAGAACCGACGCCAGCAUCCACCCGGAGAAAGUGUAUCUCGUGGGCGCCCUGGUCUCCGGAGCCUGUGCCCGAAGUGGCCUCGUACGCUCGCAUUGGCAAGCAGGGAAGAUAG